AUGUUUAUCACCACUUUUCUGCUCUUGUCGACCUGGAGCCCAUGUUGGGGUGUAGUUCUGUACGGGCCGGACAUUCACAAGACUCAAGACGGAAAUCGGAGUCACGUCUGCGGCUCUGCCAACCCGAACAAUAAUGUGAUCGAUUUAAGAGAACCCUCUCGUCCAGGCCCUCUGCGUGACCUCACAUCGAAAGAAUUACGGAAGUUGCGGACUUUUAUGGAAAACGACCCCAACAUUAGAGCAACACAUCCGGCCAUCGCCAGAAUGAACUCCAGCUUUAUCCACUCUGCAGACAUAUUGUUACCUCCUAAAUCCGAAGUGCUGAGGUUCCUCGAUAGAGGAGGUCCCCGACCAAUGAGAAGAGCUCGCGUGCUGAUGUUCAGAGGGGACAAAACUCCGCCUGUGGUGGAAGAAUACGUCUGCCAGCCCCUGCCGAACGUCAAGAGUUGCCAGCUCUUGAACUUGACCUCUCAGAGAAACCCUAUAGAAUUCAGCUACAG